AUGCCAAAGGUACGAAGAAGUAAAAAACCACCACCAGAAGGAUGGGAACUGAUCGAACCAACAUUGGACGAAUUGGAACAGAAAAUGAGAGAAGCCGAAACAGAAUCGCAUGAAGGCAAGCGCAAAAACGAGUCACUGUGGCCAAUAUUCAAAAUUCACCACCAAAAAUCUCGGUACAUCUUCGACCUCUAUUAUAGAAGGAAAGCAAUCAGCAAGGAACUGUAUGACUACUGUCUCCUAGAAAACAUCGCCGACAAGAAUCUGAUAGCCAAAUGGAAGAAACAGGGCUAUGAGAGCUUGUGCUGUUUGAGGUGCAUCCAGACCAGGGACACCAAUUUCGGCACAAACUGUAUUUGUCGGGUGCCCAAAGCUAAGUUGGAGGAGGGCAGGAUAGUAGAAUGUGUGCAUUGUGGGUGCAGGGGAUGUUCUGGAUAA